AUGAUGAUGAUGAUGACGCUAGGCUUUGAAAUCUCCCACGCUUGCUACCAAGGGCCCCUGAGGAUAUGCCGGCUGUUAGCUCUCCUCAUAAUGCUGCCAAGCGUGUUCAUCUUCGUGCCUUUAUACAUGAGGUACCGGGUGUUCUCCGGCCAAAUGUACCCGAUGAGCAUGAGCGACAUGCGGCUCAUAGAUAGCAGGAUCUCCACGACUUGGUGCCAGAGCCAAGUGGUAAAGUCCAACACGACCUUCAACGCGUUCGUGGUGCCUGGCCAGCCGGAACUUCUGGAUGAGCUGGUGCCAGUCUCCAUGACGAGGCAGUUGGAGCUACAGGACGAUAUGAAGGAGUACUGGGGCUUCUACUUGCUGAAAGGGUCUACGGUCACGGUGUCCACUUGCGUAAGCUGGCCCGGAGCCUCCCUCAUCAUGAUCAAAGGCUACAAACACCUGCAAGGCUGCGCCUACAUCGGCGACGACUCCUCCGAAGAACUAGACGAAUUACUGGAAGCCAACAAGAAGGGGCUGCUGUCCAACGACCUGCUCAAGCAGAAGAUUCUGGAGCUGAAGAAGGUGGAUGGGAAGGCUAAUGAUCCAGGAGCGAUGAAGAGGCAUAAAGCGGGGGUAAGCUUCCACGACCCCAGCCAUGGCGUCAACAACAUCUCUUCGGAUAACGUGCCCACCAUGGAUGUUACGGACCAUGACCCUAAAGAGCUCCGAGCAAUCCUCGAACACUUCCACGCUCUCCGCCAAAAGGCCAAGGAUGAGAUGCUGAAGCACUACCGUCCGCCGUCCCACCUGAUGUCCCUACCAGGAUUGCAUCGCCACCGGGACACUAAUGUGGACCGGGACGAGAGGAAGUGGCUGUCUUUCAAAGGAUUGCACCGCCACCGGGACACUAAUGUGGACCGGGACGAGAGGAAGUGGCUGUCUUUCAAAGACCCGUCCCACCUGAUGUCCCUCCCAGGAUUGCAUCGCCACCGGGACACUAAUGUAGACCGGGACGAGAGGAAGUGGCUGUCUUUCAAAGAUCUUGAGAAUAAGACGAGUGAAGAAGUGGACGAGAAAAUUGAAAUUCCUCACGAAGAAAUUGCAAUUGCUACUGUACCUGAAACCACAACGAUUAAACUUGUGGAAUCGACUACAACUUACAAAGCACACCCAAAGAUUGAAGUCUUAGCAAAAAGUGAUAAAAAACUAAAAAGUGAUAGUGAAACUAAAAUAGUUAAUAAUAAUAGUGAUAAAGAAAACAAAAAAAGUGAUGGUGAUGAAAGAACUUAUGAUAGAGUAAACAAAACUGUGAUCAAUAGUUUGGAUGCUCCUGUUGUAGAGUUAAGAGAAGAUGAAAAGAAUCAUACUGCAAUGAUGAUAGAGACAGACGAUCAAACCUCCAAAGAAGUGUUUGAAGAUGUCCUGAAGAGGCUACAGGCUUUAGGACCGAAGGGCAAGAGGGUUCUCGUGAAGCUACAUGCUACUAUGGGUGUGGAGUAUAAUGAGAUAUCUGCCGAAACUAACGAGGGCAUAAUGUCAGCAGUGAACGGAAAUGAUGAGGAGCUGGACAGGCUACGACAAGUGCUCGUAGAAGCUAUUGAUGAAGAGAAGACCAGGGCACAGAGGCAGCAAAAACGUCGCGACGCAAGGGAAGAAGCGAGAGCGAAGAGAGAACUGAUGCUGGGUCAGGUAGACCUGAAGAAGGAGCUGAAUGAAGAUGAUGAGGCGAGGGACUAUGCUGCAGAAGAGGGUUUGAACCCAGACGGCGAAGCACUACACCAUGAGCAACUCAACGAAACCACGCCAUACGACAUGAGCAACUCCGAGUUCUGGUCAUCUUUCUCCAGCAGCGAAGAGGCGUUACUAGAGUGCGAGGGUCUGAUCCUCAACCUGCCUCUGACUCCUCACAGCACCUGUCGAGCUGACGCUUCGGAUGAGGAGACCUUGGCUGCUUCGAGGGCUAACGCUUUGACUUAUAGGGUCCCAUCGAACGGCUACUACUUCUUCGUCUUCAACUCAGAGAACGAGGUCCAGACGAACUUCAUUAAGGCUCGCUUCGACCUCCAGAAGACCAGAUACGACGUCGCCAAGACCAAGCUGAGGGAAUGCAUGAACAGUACCAACAAGUGUGACUUGUCUUUGGACCUUUUCUCCAGUCAGAAGGUAGUCUUGGAGGUGCCUCUAAGAAACAACGAUUCGCUAUGGAACGAGCAAUUUGUGAUCAUAUCAGAGUGUGAGCCUCGGAAAUCUUUGUACUUGGCGUGUGUAAUAGCGGUGCCAAUACUGAUCAUGAUGUUCGCUUUCCAGUGAACUUUGGUUUGUAUAGGCCGCUCAACUAAAGUUGAGGCGAGCGCGUACUCACACUGAAAUAUUUGAAUACCAAGGGCCUAAUGUGA